AUGAUAUGUGCAAAGCAAUUGAAGAUGCUAGAAGUAACAGGUUGGGCUAGUUGUCAACUGCAAAACGUUAUAACGUUCCACGAGCAACACUUCAUCGCUUGUGCAAUAAAGAAGGUUCUCCUGAUACUGUUUUGCAGUACUACAUUAGGCCGAAAAACAGCUUUGCCACCGGAAUUGGAAACAGAACUAGUGAAGUAUUUGUUGAUCAUGGAUCCUUAG